GAGUUUACUACCUGUGUUGGUGUGUUGAGCCUAAAAAUGAGAAAUCACUAACAUUGUCACCGUUACCCUAGAAAAUCAGGAAUCGUUGAACAGCCUCAGCCCAGUGCACGCGGCCGGAUCGGAAAGCUCCGAACCUCCGCCGGUGAGUCCGACGGACCACCACGCAAGCGGUGGUCCUAUCUUUCACGAUCGUUCACCGCCGCAGCCGCACGAUCAUCGAAGGCCAACAUUCUUUCUCCCUCUUGGUGUCGCUACAGAGCCAACACAACUAAAAUGACAGAUACUAGUGACUCCGGUUUUAAUCUGAAAAGAAGUACUGACGUAUCUCGGCAGACGCAGAAGGAAAGUGCUGAGCAAAAUGGGCUUUCUGAUAUUGAGCAACUGGUGAAAAGGAGCAAAUUCUCUAGAGAUGAAUUCAACCGCUUAGUGGAGUUAUUAAAUUCCAGGCUAGUGGACCCUCCUAAUGUUGAACAAGGAAAGCAGAACGCUAAUUUGACUUCUCAAAAACACGAUGAAGAAUUUUCAAUUGCCCAACGGUUUCUAAAGGUUUCCGAUGCACGAAGACAUGAAGAGUCAAAAGGAGCCAUAUGGGAAAGCCCAACACCUCUUGGUCUGUCAAAUGUUCCAGAUAAAUUUGGUGCCUCACCUGUUGAGAUUGCUAAGGCAUAUAUGGAUUCACGUGCAACUGAAGCAGGCCCCAGUUCUAAGAGCAUAAUACAAACUGUUGAAAGAAGAGUAUCACGUGGUGAGGAAUCUGCAAUCAAACUUUAUGAUCCAUUACCGUUUGCAAAGACAUCAACAUGUUGGCCUGGUGUAGUAGCACAUGAUGCUUAUGCAACACCACAAAGUCAAAGAAGCAGAUAUGGACUACACAACUUCCCCCGGACUCCUUAUUCUAGAACUUUAUUAUCAAAAUCUAAGUCCAGGUUGAAUCAUAUAGAAGGCAAUUAUGGCAACAUUUUAUCAACGCCCCUCAGUCAAUCACAGUCAUUGUAUAGGCAGGAUAAAUCUAAAGUUGAUGCAUCAGAAAGCAGAUAUGGAUCUGUUGGACCUAUACGUCGAAUUGGUGGCAAGGUUGGUUCACAGUCUUCAUCAAGAACAUUGCCUUAUUCAUCUCUUCAUGGCCUUCCAAAGAGAGAAAGUCCCGUCAUUAAUGACAUUUUCACUACUCCUGUUACAAAGGCUUCUUAUCCUGAUGGGAUAAGCACUCAGAAGCGGGUGCGCUUUGAGGUGGAUGUUCCAUCAGUGCACAUGCAUACCAAUUUGAUGGCUAAAAAGAUAUUGGAUCAUAUUGAUAGAAACAUACCCACUCCCAAAGAAAAAUCUGCUGAGCUGAAUCUGGCAACUAAAUGGAAGAGUCCUGAAUCCUCUGUAGAUAUUAAUACUACCUUAUCAAAAGAAAAUAAUGACUCACUACAGUUAAAAGGUGUUGGUCAUUUCAAAUUUGGUGGGCUUGAUGCAAAGGAAUCUACACCUAGAAAUGAAGGUCAAGGGAACAGCAAUGUUGAUAUUUUACCAAUGGAGAGUUCUGGUAAACCCAUUGAUGUCAGUAAAGAAGGAAAUUUGGCAUCUAACAUGAAUGUUCGCAGCAGCAUCCCCACAUUUGGUAUUGACGCAAGGACUAUGCAAAAUUAUGGUGGUUCUCAGAAUAUUUUAAAGAAGUCUGCUGAAGAGGACACUUCGAAGACUCAUCCCGGUGGCAGUUUCCCUUUCAUAGUAAAUCAAGAAAAGAAGCCUCUCUCUAACUCUACAUCCAGUAAACCAGUUUUACCUCCAAUUACCAUCAAGAGGCCUGUGCGUGACUCAAGGUGGUUGUCUGAUAAUGGCACAGGAUUUACCUUCCCUGUUACAACAUCAUCUUCUGUGUCAUCGGAGCCACCAACACCAACCAUCAUGCCGUUCGCUAGCGAGGACCAGAAUCAAUCAAAAGAAAUCUCCACUGAAACAUCAUAUAGUUUUGGUUCAAAAAGUUCAUCCGAUCCGGCAGUGGUGUUUUCCUUCCCAUCUACAAGCAACUCAGUUGUUCAUGAUGACGCUGAUGAUAUAAAGUUCAACUUUGGUUCGGAUGAUAAGCCAAGGUUGUCUUUUUCGUUUGAAAAAAAUGCUGUCUGUUGUUAAGGAAAAAGCUCUCUCUUUCUCUCCGCAGUUGCAUAGUGUACUUUUGUGUGCUUUACUUCUUUCCCUGAGGACGAGCAAAAGUGCCAUUUUGAAUGAGUGUAAAGUUUCUAUUGUCCUAUCAUAAAUCUGCUUGUACUUUUGUUUUUGGUUUCCAAUUUCCGCAGCAAACUAUUCGGCAACGUUUAAAGGUUUGGCAGGCAGAUUA